AAUAAUUGGGUUAAGUCCUUGCAACCUAAGAUAGAAAGAUCCUCUUUUUAGCCGUUUCAAAUGUAAAUUAGAUUUUUUUUACCAUCUGCCUGAAUAAAUCGCCUGUGUUAAAUCGGGGAAAUUUACAUAUAUAAAGGGAAAGGGGAGAAAGAGAGAGAGAGAGGAGAGAGGGGGUCCUCAAAGAAUAUGCCCCAAAGCCAAAGCCCAAAGCCUUUGCUUUGAUUUUGCAGAGAGAAUCCAAAGGAUUUCUCAAACAAGAAGGCCAAGAACUCAACUGCUUCCACACACCAGCUUAAAUACAGAUAGAUAAAGAAAGAAAGAAAAAGAAUAGUAUGCAUAGAUACCUCUGAAGGGGAGAGAAACAAAUUUGCUAGUUUCUUCUCUCUGCUUAUCCAACACACAUUGGAGUGUUUUCUAGUCUAAGAAAAGAAAGGAAGGAAGGAAGAAAGAGGAUUUGUAUUUAUUUUAACUGAGGAAAUUGCUCCUUUUGGGGGUUUGCAUCCAACGAUAUGCUGGAAAACCGGGCUUGUUUGGUGUCGAGGGACUAUUCACGUAGUUGUGAGCGAAACGCCAGUUGGCCUUUCGUGAGUUUGAGGUUGGAGAAGGCUGAGAUUCCGCAGACAAAGCGGCCACUAAGCGAUAUAAAUAGAGGUGAAGAGAUUGAAGUUGGUGUUGUGAAGUUUCCUAAACUAUCCACUGAUCAAAUGGAUUCUACUUCACCGAUCGGUGGGAUGGUAACCGCUGCCCUGGCUCAAUCUGCCUCGGAGUCUAGGAGUAGGCGGCACGCAGGUGAUAAUUCUAACAUGACUUCAUUAAUUGGUGCCAUUGGUCGCGACCUCUCCAUUAGUUGUCUGAUCAAGUGCUCGAGAGCUGAUUAUGGGGCGAUUGCAUCCUUGAAUCGGAGCUUUCAGUUGCUUAUUAGAACCGGGGAGCUGUAUCGACUGAGGAGGCAGAAUAAGGUGGUUGAGCAUUGGGUCUACCUGUCGUGCCAGCUCUUGGAAUGGGAGGCGUUCGACCCUAGCCGUCGCAGGUGGAUGCGCUUGCCAAGGAUGGACCCUAACGAUUGUUUCGUGUUCGCAGAUAAGGAAUCUCUGGCGGUUGGAACUGAGCUUCUUGUUUUCGGGAGGGAUCUCAUGUCCCACGUGAUUUACCGUUACAGCUUGCUAACAAACACGUGGACUACAGGGAUGAGAAUGAACGCGCCUCGUUGCUUGUUCGGGUCUGCCAGCCUCGGGGAGAUCGCCAUCUUGGCCGGUGGUUGCGACUUGAAUGGCAGCGUCCUCAAAUCAGCGGAGCUCUACAACUCCGAGUCGGGGACGUGGACAACGCUCCCGAGCAUGCACAAACCGAGGAAGAUGUGCUCUGGGGUGUUCCUCGACGGGAAAUUUUACGUCGUCGGAGGGAUCGGAGGAGCGGACAACGCCCUUCUCACAUGCGGAGAGGAGUACGACUUGGCUACUCAAACCUGGACUGAAAUACCUAACAUGUCCCCGGUGCGUACGGGUGCGGCAAGAGAUAACGAGCCACCUGUUACAUCCGAGGCGCCACCAUUGAUCGCUGUUGUAAAUAAUCAGUUAUACGCUGCGGACUAUGCGGAUAUGGAAGUUCGGAAAUAUGAUAAAGAUAACAGGGCAUGGGUGACGGUAGGGCGACUGCCUGAACGCGCUGAUUCAAUGUACGGGUGGGGUUUGGCAUUUAGGGCGUGUGGUGAUCGGCUUAUGGUUAUUGGGGGGCCGAGGAAUGCUGGUGAAGGAUUCAUCGAGGUGAAUUCGUGGAUUCCGAGUGAAGGUCCACCAGAGUGGCAUUUGCUUGAUAGGAAGAGGUCUGGCAGUUUUGUGUAUAAUUGUGCUGUAAUGGGGUGUUGAAAAGUUACGAUCGAUCGACUCUGGGGACUCUUGUGCUUGGAACGGGCGAGCUGCAUCCACGGCUAAUGGGGUAAUUUAUCAAAAGUUUUAAUUUGGUUUCUGUUUUACUUCUUUUGAAUGGGAGGAGGAUAGGAUGGAUUAUCAUUAUCAGAUUUACUCAAGAUUCAAUUGAAUGUUUUCUCUGGAAAAGUCCUUCAUUAUUACUGUUUCUCUUCUUUGUUCCAUUUUUUUCUUACUUACUUUGUAUGAUCUUCUCCCAUCAAAUAACAUGAUUUUUCACAUAUCAAAACAUUUUCUCAUUCUCUUCA